UAGGGUUAUUAGUUUAGGAUGAAUGCCGUUAAAAAUGAAAAUAAAAACAAAUUAAAUGACAUUUCGUUUAUUUACGAUUUGUUGUUGGCUGGAAUGUUUUUGUUUUGGAAUCGUCCCACUGCCUCGGCUAGACAAUCUGCUUUGCGCUGCCGAGAACGUUUGGAACAAGAUUUUAUCGAUAAAUUAGAUAGUUUGCAUGAUGGUGCUUUACGUACUGGUUUGGUGUCCCAAGAGGAUUUAAAAGAGGCCUAUUGUAAGUCUCGUCAUAUAGAACAAAGACCAAAUCGUGUUAAUAUGUGGUAUACAUUUGGCAUAAUGGCUUUUGUUAUGCUUCUAACACCCAUAGUCUACCAUAUACUAACAUUCAUCCUGGGUAUAAAGUGUUUUUUACCCAAUAAUAAUUUAGUUUGGGAGGCGACACGACCCAUCAGUGAUUGCAGCUAUUGCCGAGGAGUGCAAGGACCUUUGGUUUUGAAAAAUAUGACCCGGGAAGAAUUUGCACCAUAUGCUUAUUCCUCUUUACCGAUAGUUAUUAAAAAGGCCGUAAGUCAUUGGCCGGCAGCUAAACUUUUAAAUUUAAAGCUAUUAAAGAAAAUCUAUGAUAACCAUCCCGGUUCUUUGGAUGAAGAUUGUAAUUUUUUACAUUUUCAUUCUGAUCUCAAAUCGAUAAGGGAUGUUUUCAAUAUGCCCGAAGAAAGAGCUAAUUUAAGCAGUGGCUCCAGUUGGUAUGUUGGUUGGAGUAAUUGUCAUCUCGGUGUUUUGGAUGAUUUGAGGAAACUAUAUGGUAGGCCUCAUUUCUUACCGGCAGAUGCUGAAAUGUCCAAUAUGGAUUAUGUGUUUUUAGGUUAUGAACUGGGUUCUUAUAUGCACAUGGAUCAUAUACACCGUUUGAUGUGGCAAGCCCAAUUAAAGGGCAAUAAAAGUUGGCUGUUGGCGCCAACACCUGAAUGCGAUCAAGUUUGUAAUACUUUCUCUUUUGUUGCCGAGCCAGGAGAUGCUGUAUUAAUUGACACUCGCUUUUGGUAUCAUGGUACAUCUAUACCUAAAGGAAAAUUUACGUUAACCAUACAAUCCGAAUAUGGUUAAUUUGGCAUCAUGUGUGCUUUUUUCGAAAUAAUUUUUUCAUUAUUUCUAAAUAUUUAAAUAUUUUUAAGACUGAAUUGUACGAAUUUAUGGUGUGUCAAUAAACAGUUUAUUUGUUUAAAACAA